CUUUUAUAUACAUAGCUGCCGGCUUAGGGUUGUCGAAUCGGAGAUAUAGGUCACUGCACAGGCUAACGUUUACAGCCAGAUUCACAUUUACUUAUUAUAGGAAACCUCAGUUGAGAACUACUUAUUCCGAUUUGCCAGACAAGCGUGGGGCUUUUUUGACUUUUCUCAAUAAGAUAUAUACUCCAUCAUGAGCAUAGUUACGUUCUUGGAGCACACGCUCUCCGCGAACGACAAUGACCGUAUCCAGGCCACACAGUACCUCGAGCAAGCAGCUGAGGCCAACUUGGCUGAGUUAUUAAAGGCUCUGGCCGAGGUGAUACAGAGUGACAAUGUGCCGGAAGGGCCCAGACAAGCCGCAUGUAUUAGUUUUAAAAAUCACCUCACAAGCAAGAACGAGACCAAGAAGCAUUUUAAUCAACAGCGAUGGUUACACCUUGAGGCUCCGGUGCGAGCACAUAUUAAGAACAUAAUCCUGCUAUCACUCAAGACACCCAACACCCGAGUGGGUGCCCAAGCCGCUCAGGCGGUGAGUGCUAUCGCACAGGCGGAGUUGCCCCAGUCGCAAUGGCCUGAGCUGAUUCCCAGUUUGCUGCAGAACUGCACCGACCCACAGUCCCCCACACCCACAAAGCAGAACACGCUAGAGACGGUAGGGUUUAUCUGUGAGGAGAUCGACCCUAUGGUGCUUAAGCAGUACUCUAACGAUAUACUCACGGCGAUUGUGAACGGUAUGCGCAAGGACGAGCCAAGUAUGGAUGUGCGCUUGGCCGCGACCCGAGCGAUGUUGAACUCGGUGGACUUUGUGAAGACAAACAUGUCCAAUGAAGCAGAGAGGAAUUACAUCAUGCAGGUCGUAUGCGAGACCACACAGACACCUGGCAACGUACAGCUGCGUGUGCGUGCGAUGGAGUGUCUCAACCGUAUCGUACAGCUAUACUACGAAUUUAUGAAGGUGUACAUGCAGGAGGCUCUGUUCCAACUGACACUGCAAGCCAUGAGGGAGGACGAAGACGAGGUGUGUCUGCAGGCCAUUGAGUUCUGGUCCACGGUGUGCGACGAGGAGAUGGAGAUUGAGAUGGGCAUGUUGGAUGCCCAAGAACGUAGUUACGAGCCAGAGAGGGUCAGCCAAUACUAUGCGCGAGGUGCACUCCCCCACCUGGUAGCUAUUCUGACCGAGUUGCUGUGCAAACAGGAUGAGAGCGAUGACGAUGCCGAUGCAUGGAACGUGGCGACGGCGUCAGGAGUGUGUCUGUCUCUGCUGUCUAACUGCUGUCGCUCAGAUAUUGUAGCGCCCAUGCGUCCCUUUAUUCUGGGUAACAUCACAAACGCCUCGUGGCACCAGCGUGAGGCUGCUGUGCUGGCGCUGGGAUGUAUCCUAGAGGGUCCCGAUGAGUCGCAUCUGGAGGACAUAGUGAGCUCAUGCAUGUCUGUGCUUACACAGCUGAUGGCAGACCCGAAGGUACAGGUCAGAGACACUUGUGGGUGGACUAUCGGACGCGUGUUCGAGUACCUGCCGCACGUUGUGCUCUCCGAGAAUACGAAUAUGAAUCCCCUUAUUCAGGCACUUGGAAGUGCACUGCAAGAUGUCCCGCGUGUGGCCAACAAUGUGUGCUGGACGAUCAAGGCCUUAGCCGAUGCCGCGUAUGACACAGCUUCUGCACACUCCGAUUCCGAUGACGUCGAGACGUACACACUAUCCCCAUGCUUCGAGAGCUUGGUGCAGGAGCUGUUGAAGACCACAGAACGUCCCGACGCCAACAACCAACUUCGUGUAGCCGCGUACGAGUGUCUCAACACUGUAAUUCAGACGGCACCAAAUGACUGUUAUGCUUAUAUCAUUCAAACCACUGUCAGCAUCAUGGGACGAUUGGAGAAGGCUUUGUUACCACAUGACCAGCUGCACAGCCAGGACAAGCAAGUGCACACCGAAGUUCAAGGUCUGCUGUGUGCUUCACUCUGUGCACUCAUCAACAAACUACAUCGUGAGGAUCUGAUGAAAAUCUCUGAUCAGGUGAUGCAGAUCCUGUUGGUCAUGCUACGCACAACCGACGCCCAGGGUGUGCACGAGGAUGCGCUCAACGCAAUUAGCGGUCUUAUCUCCCAGUUGGAAGAGGACUUUGAGAAGUACAUGGAGCAUUUCAAGCCAUUCCUAUUGGCCGGUAUUGUGUCGAGCGACUACGCGAUUGGCUGUCAGAGUGUGGGUAUGACGGGAGACAUCGCUCGCGCCCUGGGUAGCAAUGCACAGAAGUACACUGACGAGCUCAUGAAUCAGCUGUUACAGGCUUUGAACAUGUCUACCUUGCCCCGCAAUGUGCGACCGGAUAUUCUGUCUGCAUUCGGUGAUAUUGCUACGAGCAUCGGCCCGUCUUUUGAAAAAUAUCUGCCUUUCGUCAUGCCCAUCCUGGUGGACGCGUCGAAUGUCCCUGCGCCACAAAACCAGAAUGACUAUGAUGAGAUCGAGUACGUCAACAUGUUGCGCGAUAGCACACUGGAGGCUUUCGCCGGUAUCUUCGUUGCGAUGAGAGGACAUCCAGACACUGUCAGCCAGUACGUGGCACAUGUGGCCUCGUUUAUGUGCAUAUGCGCUAACGAUGUUAACCACACCGACACGAUGAUUAAGGUGAUCAUCGGCAUUCUAGGAGAUUUGACGGACAUGUACGGAAAGCAGAUGAAGCCCACACUUGAACAGGCUUGGGUACAGCCUGUCUUGUACAAAGCCUCUAAGAGUAAUUGCUCACUGACGAAGAACACGGUUGAGUGGGCUGGACAGCUGAUACAAAAGGUUCUCAGGGAGAAUUAGUAUUUAUAUCUUUAUUUAGCAAAUACGCAAGUCAACCACCUGCGUGCGUCAACCUGGGACGUGCCGCUAGGAAUUGGCUGUGAAAUACAUACAUCAUCUUUAUCAUCGGCAUGCACUCCCGCCUCGCACAUACGCAUCCACCUCCUGCUCAUUUCUCACCACAAAAUAUGUAGUCGGGUGUAGAUUAGUCUCUGCCCCGUGUUUCGCAUCCAACAGACCGUACCAUUCCACGCGCACUAGAGUAUAUAUGAACAUAGCCCCGUUACUAUACCACAUACACAUGGUUCCGUUAGUUGCGCUCACUCUCUAGGCUCCAGUGCUGUUGUACAGUUGCCUCUUGAGUUGAACGGCGUUAGCUUUCGCCACAUACACGCCAGUGUAAGUCUCGCUCAAGUUGUGAUUGGGAUGAGAUGAUAAGUACGAUGUAUGCUGGAGGUUUUUACGUUGAUAGUCGAGAACUUCUUCGUAACCUUUUACAUUGUAAACGGAUUGGACAACCUGCAGUCAAGGCAACCGUUCUUACCUUUGUGUUUGAACUGGUAUUUGCUGAGUCGGUACAUGCAUACUUCGAGGCUAACAAGACUGUUGGGAUUGUGAGCUAUAGUAUUGUCGGUUGCGAUACGAUGACAUAUAUAUAUAGUCUCCAAUGCAAUGUAUGGUUUAUGGGGUUUGCUUUGAACACCGUGACCCAUGUUUGAUAGAAGGUGGAUAGAAUCAACAAAACAACAGUAGUGGACAUAAGAGUAUUCUGUGAGACUCGGACCACAACUGCUGAAGGCGAUUUGUAGUUUUGAGAAUGCACACAAACAACCCCCGCACGCAUCGCACGCACACGCACGCACGCAACUGAGCUAACAAACUAAAAGUAGGCUAAUAGAAAGUAUCGUAUUCUUUUCGAAUUCGAUUCGCUUAAAUUACGCCUGCAUUCAUUUAAAUGUAACUGCGAAGAGACAUAUGUAGUAACGCAGUUGUGAUUAAUAAAGGGUGAGAUUCCCUUGCAACAGAAACCUCCGUAUUCUUUCCGA